AUGUCUGGUCGUGGCUACGAUUUGCCCAUUCGAGGCGGCCGUGGCGGUGGUGAUCGUGGUGGCUCCCGAGGCCGGGGUGGUGGUGACCGCGGUUACAGCGGUGAUCGGGGCCGUGGCAGUGACCGUGGUGGUGGUCGCGGCGGUGGUGGACGUGGCGGGUCCGAAGCCCCCUCUGGAAUGUUGUCGGACCCAAUUGAAGCUCCCAGCACCAGGGUCCAGGCCUUGGAGGACAAGUACGUUACGGAGUCAGCAAAGGUUCGCCCAGAGUCCAACUCUUUGGCUCGACGUCCUGGCUACGGCACUCAAGGUCGUGCGAUUGUGCUUCGCGCCAACUUCUUCCCCAUGGAGUUCAAGCCGAACGUUAGAUUCUACUCUUACCGGCUCAAGGUCAAGCCCGAGGCGAAGAAAGCACAGCAAAAGUUCGUUCUCGAUAGUAUGUUCCGCAAGUACCCUCUAUUCAACAAAGGAAUUGGCGUUGCCACCGAUGGCGCUACUGAGAUUGUUACUACCGAGCUACUCCCCGAAGGCAGAGAGCCAUUCACUUGUUCCAUGGGCAACGGAGGCGGACAUGGAGGUGGGAAAUCGAAAGCCUACACCGGCCCCUGGGAAGCCACUUUGACCCUCGACAGCUCUUAUUCCCCGGCUGAGAUGAUGGCGUGCCUUGAGAACGUCAACCACCGAGAGGAACUUGAGAAUGAAGCGCCCUGUCUCCGAGUACUGAAUAUCCUCAUGAGUGCUCAUCCUUACAAAGAUACCGGCAUUUCCAUCGUCGGCAAGGGACGCAACAAGUUCUUCCGGAUGGACAGGCGCAAGCAGUCAAUGGACAUGAAGGCUGGCGCCGAAGCCGUUCGUGGUUACUACUCGAGUGUCCGUGUUGGUGCUGGACGAAUCUUCCUUAAUUUGAAUGUCAGCCAUAGUGCAUUCUUCCGUUCGGGUAUGCUGUCUGAGCUACUUGUUGCUUUUGCCCAAGUCCACGGAACGGACCGAGAGCUUUUGAAUCGGUACCUGAAGGGUGUGAAAGUCUAUGCCUUGCAUCUGGAGCGUCGAGAGAACGGAGCUGGGGUAAUGGAAUACCCUGUCAGAACGAUCCUCGGAACUGCUACUCCUCGGGAUGGACGCCCUGGCCCCAACCCUCCUCAGAUUGAAAACCUCUCAUCUAGUGCGGACAAUGUGAAGUUCUGGAUGGGAGAUGACAAGAAGGGAAAAUACAUGAGCAUUACCGAAUACUUCUUCAAGACCUACAACAGGACACUCAAAUACAGCAAGGAUAUGCCGGUGGUGAAUGUUGGAACCCGUGAACGUCCGGUUUACCUUCCUGCAGAGGUUUGCGAAGUCCUCCCCGGGCAAUGCUUCAAGCCAGAGCCGUCCGCUGUCCAACGACAGAACAUGAUCAAGUUCAGUUGCCGGCGGCCUCCUCAGAACUAUGACUCUAUUAUGACUGAGGGAUUGGACAUAAUGGGAAUCUCCGGAGGACAUACCAAGACAGUGGGGAUCAAGCCCGGCAGGGAGAUGAUCACUGUACCUGCACGGAUUUUGAAUCCUCCCAAUCUACUCUAUGGCGGCAAGAAGACUACCAACCCUCGAAACGGCUCGUGGAAUUUGAUCGGCACCAAAUUUGCCCGUGGCGCCAGCAUCAGCAAAUGGAGCUGUCUUUGGCUUCGAAAGCGCGGAAAAGAGGAUGCCUUGAAGAAUCCCGAGAUCGAGAUGGACGCUUUCUACAGGAAAUUGCGUGACCAUGGCCUGACGCUUCCUCCGCCUUCUAAGCCGUAUCUCUCAGUCCUUCUCGGCCCGGAUGACAGACAAAAUCGCGAUAUGAUCAAGGACGCAUUCAAGAAGCUCAUGAGAGAAUUCCCCUUCCUAGUUGUUCUGCUUCCUACCACUGAAGGCAAAAUCUUCGAUUACGUCAAGUAUGCCGGAGAUCUUAAGACUGGCGUCCUUACGCACUGCAUGCUAUCCGAGAAGUUCAGAGGUGCCAAUGAGCAGUACUUGAGUAACAACGCGAUGAAGGUCAACCUCAAGAUGGGAGGAUGCAAUCAACUCCUGCAGCCGGCAAACGCACGCUUUAUCAGUGCAGCGAAGAACACCAUGGUCGUUGGCUUGGAUGUCACUCAUCCGUCAAGCACAGACCCCGAAAUCUUCCCUAGUGUUGCUGCCAUCGUUGCAUCCACCGAUCACAACAUGGGACAAUGGCCCGGUGAGGUUCGAGCCCAGACACGCCGUCAGGAGCACAUUGAAUUCCUCAAGGAGAUGAUGCUUACCCGGUUGAGCUUGUGGCAAAAGACCAACAACGGCAACCUACCCCAGAAUAUUCUCGUGUACCGCGACGGUGUCAGCGACGGUCAGUUCCCCAUGGUCCUUACAGAGGAACUCCCCAAGGUUCAAGCUGCUGCUAAAGCGGUAUACCGUGGAGCCAUGCCCAACAUUACCAUCAUUGUCUGUGGAAAGCGUCAUAACGUGCGCUUCUACCCUACCAAUGCUAAGGAUCAAGAUCGGACAUCUAACCCCAUUAACGGAUGUGUUGUUGACCGCGGAGUUACCCGUCCUAUCUACUGGGACUUCUAUCUACAAGCCCAGGCUCCUCUUCAGGGUUCCGCUCGUCCGGCUCACUACAUUGUCAUCCACGAUGAGAUCUUCACCAACCCCAAGGUCAAUACUGACCGCAAGCCAGCUGAUGUGUUGCAAGAACUUACCCACAAUAUCUGUUAUCUGAUGGGUCGCGCUACUCGCUCGAUUAGUUACAGCACUCCUGCCUUCCUGGCUGAUAAGUUCUGCGAUCGUGCUCGAAAGUAUCUCUUGGCUUACUACCAUGACAACAACAUGCAAGUCCAGAACGAGGAUAAGUUUAGAGGUACUACCUUGGCCAUGGCAAGCGCAUGCCAGAACAGCAUGGUCUACAUCUAA